AUGGAUGCAGUGGUGUGGAUCCUUAGAGAGGUGGAAACAUUAAAUUUAAAUGGCGCUGGUUCGUGUGUUCCCAAGUCCCAACCACCACUCUUCCUCGUCCUUCUUCAACACUCUCCCUUACAACCAACCAAAUUCGUGGUUCGGUGCUGUAACCUUCAACUGCAAUCGCAACCCAAUGACUCGCGCGAGUUAGUUCUGGAAGUGAAGGAGGAGCUUGAUAAAGAACACCAUAGCCUUCCUGUUGGCAGAAAUGGCAGGGAUGACGAAGAUAUGAUACUACAGUUUCUCAAAGAUCGCAAAUUUUCUGUUGAAGAUGCUGUUUCCAAGUUGACUAAAGCCAUUAAAUGGCUUCGUGAUUUCGAGGUGUCUAAAUUGAGUGAAGAAGCUAUCAAAGAUAUCUCUCAAACUGGUAAAGCUUAUGUACAUGACUUUCUAGAUAUCAAUAACAGACCCAAUUUCUACAUGCUUCAAAACCAGCUGAUUACAUAA